GUGAGCACGUGGGGUCUCCAGGGAUCCUGCAGCUCCACUGAGCCCGGUCCUCCCCAUCCCACCAGUUUGGGGGAACCUCGGUGGCUCCUCACUGCCUUCAGGUCUCACACGACCAGUCCUUUUUUGCUUUUCUCCUCAUCAGGCGCGAUGGAGAUGGAAGAAAUAUUCCUCCAGCUCUGCGAGGAGGUCGCCAGGCUGCAGGAUCUGUGCGCCAAGCAGGGCAAGCUCCUCCAGAAGUUGACCACCAGGAAGGGACCCAUCCUCGAUAUCCCCGUGUCGCUGCCGAUCCAGUGCACGGAGGAUAUGGUGGCGGAGGAAGGGGAAAGGCCACCAGACGGCCACCAGAAACGCUUGGGGGCCUUGAUAUCUGCCACCUCCACCCUGGAGGGCUCCGCUCAUCCCCUGGUGAAGCCACAAGCCACCGGCACGUUGCCCAGCUUUGACAGCAAGUACCCACCAAGCGCCGGGAACGGCAGCAUCUUUGGUGGUGGAACUGGAGGAGCAGCUCUUGCCGUAGCUUUUGGCGGCAACGAGGCGGAGAGGAGAGAGAGGGUGGAUAUAAACGCGUGGCUGAAAACCUGCAGGAUGUUUCCUGCCAUGAAAGCCCCCAAAGAAGAAGUGAGAGCUUGCUGCAGCCCGCAGGAGUUUUUGGCACCGAACCCGGUGGUCGGGGACUCUUUCCUGACUCUUCUGGACCUCUACGAUGCCCCUGAAGCCCUUCGGAGGGAAGAUGAUUCCCAGGAAAACGCUCUGCCUGCUGAGGCUGACAUCCCAGUAGAGAUCCGAGGACCUGUGAAGGUUACGCAGGAGAUUAAAAUCUCCCGGUGCACCGUCCUCCUAGUGUCACAGAAGUAA